UAAAUUCGUACAUUGUUCAUCUUCAUUUGGUGAAUGCCAAAAGUAGAGAGGACGCAGAGGCUGUGGUGUUUUAAGGUUGAAAUUUAUAUUUUUUUUUCAGAAAAAGGAGAAAAAAAAUCAGAAAGAGGCUAUAAUCCAAGAAAAUUAAGCAAAUUAGGCACAUCUUGAAGAAGGGAACAGCCACCAGAAAGAUAGAUUUGCUUUCUUUAACUCCAUCACUGCUUUUUCCCCCCUUUAUCUCUUCCCUUCACCUUGGGCCUAUUUUCAAGAAUUUAAUCACUGACCCAGCUCACAAAUACUCAAUCUUCACUCCUUUUACUUUUCUUUUGCUUUGUUUUUCAUCAAAGCACCAACAGCUAUACUCCAUAUCAUGCCCAGAUCUUGUUACUUGCCGAUCUAGCUGAAUACUUGAUUGGGAAUCUUUGUUGAAAUCGGAAAAAAGGGAAGCUGGGGUUGGACUUUACAGUUUAUACAUCCUUUCUUUACUAUAAAGGAAGGUCUUAGGCUUGGUAUAAAUGGAAGUAUGUUCAUCAUGCAUGUUUGCUUCUGGUGUUGGAGCUAAUAGUGAAUGCAAAGGUGGAUUAUAAUGGUAGAAAUUUUUUGCUGAUAGGAUCACAGAUUUGCUGCAUGUUUUUUUCAUCCUUCAUUGUUGACAGUGUGCCUUCUGGUAAUUUGACUGGUGUGCACGGCUGAGUUCGCGUGAAGAAGAUUGUCAUUUGUAUUCCUUAGAAAUGAUUAAAAACAUACUCAAUAGGCUCCCAAAGAAACAAGCUAAGUUAACGGAAAAUCGUGAUGGAGGAUCCUCUACUUUCUCCUCGAAUGCUUUGGCUAAUUCAAGAAGCACUACAGGUUCUCGGUUGGGCAAUUCAAAUGCUGCAUCUCUUUCGGGGUUAAAUUCAACUUAUAAUUCUGAUCUAAAUCCUGUAACUAAAUUUCUUGAUGCAGUAAAAGUAAACGGUAAUGCAGGAGGAGUACCAUAUGAGGCACUUCCUAGCUUUAGAGAUGUCCCAAAUGCAGAAAAGCAAAGCUUGUUUAUCAAAAAGCUGCACUUGUGUUGUAUAGUGUUUGAUUUUACGGACCCCACAAAAAACUUGAAGGAAAAAGAUAUCAAGCGGCAGACAUUGGUGGAGCUUGUUGACUACGUCACUUCUGCAAACGGGAAAUUUACAGAAGCUGUUAUGCAAGAGAUUGUAAGAAUGGUAUCCAUAAAUUUGUUCCGGACACUCUCUACUCAGCCUCGUGAAAACAAAGUCUUAGAAGCUUUUGAUGUGGAAGAAGAAGAGCCAUUGAUGGAUCCUGCCUGGCCCCAUUUGCAAAUCGUCUAUGAAUUCCUUCUCAGGUUUGUGGCUUCACCAGAAACAGAUGCAAAGCUGGCUAAGCGGUAUAUUGAUCACUCUUUUGUUCUAAGGUUAUUAGAUCUUUUUGAUUCAGAAGAUCCCAGAGAAAGGGAGUACUUGAAAACGGUUCUGCACCGAAUAUAUGGAAAGUUCAUGGUACACCGCCCGUUCAUUCGAAAAGCGAUCAAUAAUAUAUUCUACCGUUUCAUUUUUGAAACUGAGAAGCACAAUGGAAUUGCUGAGCUGUUAGAAAUCUUAGGCAGUAUAAUUAAUGGAUUUGCACUGCCAUUGAAGGAGGAGCACAAACUUUUCCUUGUUCGAGCUCUCAUUCCGCUUCACAAACCAAAAUGCAUACCCAUGUACCAUCAGCAGCUAUCUUAUUGCAUCACUCAAUUUGUGGAGAAGGACUGCAAACUUGCUGAUACUGUUAUAAGGGGCCUAUUGAAAUAUUGGCCAAUCACAAACAGUUCAAAGGAGGUUAUGUUCUUAGGUGAGCUUGAGGAAGUCUUAGAAGCAACUCAGCCUCCAGAGUUCCAGCGAUGUAUGGUUCCUUUGUUCCGCCAGAUUGGUCGUUGCCUGAGCAGUUCACAUUUCCAGGUGGCUGAGAGGGCUUUGUUUUUAUGGAACAACGACCAUAUCGAGAACCUAAUCAAACAAAACCGUAAAGUUAUACUACCAAUUAUCUUUCCUGCCCUGGAGAAGAAUGCAACCAACCACUGGAACCAGGCAGUGCGGAGCUUGACGCUAAAUGUUCGGAAAAUCUUCUCUGAUGUCGAUCCUGAGCUGUUUGAGGAGUGCUUGCUCAAGUUCCAAGAAGACGAAGAGAGAGAAAAAGAAAUGGAGAUUAAGCGUGAAGCAACAUGGAGGCGCUUGGAAGAAAUUGCUGCAGUGAAAGCUGCCAGCAACGAACCAGUUCUCGUCCCUAGCAAAUUUAAUACCAACAAACCAUCUGGUUAGAAACUAUGGAUGUUCCAACAUUUUCUUAUGCUUCCCGAUUUUUGGUCCAUCAGUUCGUGAAGGGUGAAGGACUCUGCUGUAUGAGGAAUGGAGCGAUCGAUCUUUGAUAUAGAAAAGAGUACUGUAAAUAUAGAAUUGGUGGGAAACAAGAAGAGGUUUUAGGGUCUGCAAUGAAGCAAAUUUGUUUAGUGCUAUUGGCCGUUUUUUACUGAAUGAUGAUGUUGAAAUUAAGAUUUCCAUUUUGCAAGUAUCUAUUUACAUAAAUCUUGAACUUGGUGUUUCAUUUGUAUACUCUGUUACUUGAUUAUAGAUAGUGUUUAGUUUCAUAAUGUA